UCGCCCCUUAUUUUUGCACCCCCUCUUGAUUAACUAAAUUCUCCAUUUCCAGAAUCCCAAAAUUAUGGCAGCCCAGGCCCUCGUCUCUUCCUCCUCUAUCUGCUCCUCAGCCGACGCCGUCCGGCAGACCCUCGCCGGACGCCCCCUCCGCUCCACCCGGAAGGCCUCCUUUGUCGUCAAGGCCGAGUCCACUCCUCCCGUCAAGCAAGGAGCCAACAGGCAGCUGUGGUUUGCGUCGAAGCAAAGUCUGUCGUAUUUGGAUGGAAGCCUUCCCGGCGACUAUGGAUUCGACCCGCUGGGGCUGUCGGAUCCGGAGGGCGCCGGAAUGUGGUUCCAGCCGCGGUGGCUAACCUACGGCGAGAUCUUCAACGGGCGUACGGCGAUGGUGGGGAUAAUCGGGUGUCUGGCGCCGGAAAUCCUCGGCCAGGCGGGGCUGAUUCCGCCGGAGACGGCGCUGCCGUGGUUCAAGACGGGAGUGUUCCCGCCGGCGGGGUCGUACCAAUACUGGGCCGACCCGUAUACCCUGUUCGUAUUCGAGUUGGGUCUGGUCGGGUUUGCGGAGCACCGGCGGUACCAGGACUGGGCCAACCCGGGUUCUAUGGGGAAGCAGUACUUUCUAGGGCUGGAGAAGGGGCUUGGCGGGUCGGGUAACCCGAUAUACCCGGGCGGGCCGUUCUUCAACCCGCUGGGAUUUGGGAAGGACGAGAAGUCAUUGAUGGAUUAUAAGGUGAAGGAGGUGAAGAAUGGCAGGCUGGCUAUGCUGGCAAUGCUCGGCCUGUUUAUUCAGGCGCCGGUCACCGGCGUCGGCCCCUGGCAGAAUCUUCUGGAUCAUUUGGCUGAUCCAUUCAACAACAAUAUCUUUACAAACCUCAAAUUCCCAUGGUAAAUUAAGAUCUGUAUAUGUAUGUAUGUAUGAACUCCGGGGGUGUGCGACUCGAUCUAAUCCUUCUUCUUGUCGUCGAUCUUGUAUCAAAUUGGUGACUUCGAUCCUCCAUAAUCCAUAUCGUGCAUAGUUUACUGCUUUA